AUGGAUGGGCUCCAGCUGCGGCCAGCGCCCAGCAGCCGCAGCCUGCUCAAGCUUGCUGCCAUGGAGGUGAAGUGGAUCCACAUCUCGGCCAUCUUCUUCUUCCUGCUGUCCCUGGCCAUGACAGGCUGCUUCCUGUGGCAGUACAGCCUGCCCAAGCUGGAGCCCACGGCGGCGGCGCCGGAGCAGCGCCCCCAGGCGGUGCGGAUGUGCCCUCGCUACCCCGAGCCCGCGCCCCUCCAGCACCCCCUGCCCGUCCUCAAGGAGGCCCUGGAGAAGGUGGAUCUGAUGCUGCGCCAGAAGCUGCAGGACGGGGCCGUGCCUGCCGCCUCUGCCAUCGCCAUCUACAACGACACCGUGCUCUGGACAGGCAACUUCGGCAGGAAGAACGGCUCAGAGCCCUCCUCAGGGCUGCCCAACGAGUACACCAUCUACAGGAUUGCCAGCGUCUCCAAGCUCUUCCCCACCCUCAUGCUGUACAAGCUGUGGGAGGAAGGCAAAGUCACCUCCCUCGACGACCCCCUGGAGCGCUACGCCCAGAGCUUUGUCAUCAAGAACCCCCUGGGGAGGCUGAAGGAGGCAGAGCAAAGGUUCCCAGCAGAGGGGCUGAUGUUCCUGGAGAAAGGCUCCCUGCCCCCCCGGCCAUCGCCGGUCACGCUGCGCAGGAUGGCCAGCCAGCUCUCAGGUCUGCCCAGGAGGCUGCGAUCCACAACGCUGCUGUGGAAGGGCAACACGCAGGAGGCUCUGGCGCUGCUGAAGGAUGAUGUGCUGGUGGCUGACCCAGGAACCAGAUGCCACUACAGCAACCUGGCCUUCUCCCUGCUGGCACACGUGCUGGCUGAGCACGCCGCCGAGGGGCAGUACCAGCGCUGGGUGGCAGAGCACAUCCUGGACCGCCUGGGCAUGGAGGACACCGGCUUCGACAUCACCGCCCCCGUCCGCGCCCAGAUGGCCGUGGGCUUCUACGGCAGCCGGCAGCCGGCCCCCCUCUACGACCUGGGCUGGUACAGACCCUCUGGCCAGAUGUACUCCACGGCUGCCGACCUCGCUAAGCUGGCCAUGGUGCUCCUGGGCACCUACCACCGGCGCCUGCUGGAGCCGGACACGGUGAAGACCAUGCUGACGCCGCUGCUCAAGUGCUCCGGCGAGUACUUCGCCAACAAGACCGGCACCCCCUGGGAGAUCAACGAGCAGCUGGGCUACGACGUCGUCAGGAAGGACGGGGACCUGGAUGGCUACUCGGCCACCUUCUCCCUCAUCCCCAAGCUCCGCCUGAGCUUCAUCGUGCUGAUGGCAGGGCCCCGGCCCCAGGGCGCAGACGUGGUGACCCAGGCCUACGAGCAUCUCAUUCCCGCCAUGGAGACGGCGUUCAGGGAGGCGGAGAAAAGCCUCCUCCCACCUCCCAGCCCCAGCCCCUACCUUGGCUACUACACCUAUUCCAACCUGACCUUCUAUGAGAUCAAAGCUGGCCCCGGGGGGGUGCUGGUGAUGCAGCAGUUUGGCCCUCACGUGGAGGAGCUGAUCCCCGAGAAGUUCCGGACCAUCAAGCUGCACCACCUGGAGGAGCGCGUCUUCCAGGUGGUCUUUGACAAGGAGUUUCCCUGCGUGCUGCACCUGGGCUCUGCCUCCAUCUCCCUGGAGACCCAGAACGGGCAGCUCUUCAACUUCUACCCCUUCGACCGCCAGGGGCUGUCCCCCGGCUUCGACGCUCCGGGGCUGAACACCUACGGCGUGGCGCGAGUGCUCCGCCGCCCGGUGUUCUACACCUAGA